AUGCCACCGGAGAUCUUCAUCCACUAUCUCGAGCAUGGUGAAGGAGACUUGAACCCCGUGCGAAACGAUUGGCUUCCUCGUUUGCCUAAGCGGAAGGAAAAAAGAGUGAUUGACUGUGAUGAGGCGUGCUUCGGAUGGGGAAUGCACGUUAUUGAAGGACCGAACCGCGAGGUGAUCUUUUCGAUGAUGAUGAUCACGAUUCUUGCCAGCGUUUUGACUGGCGUGCUAUGGUCAACUCUUCGAGAUGAUCUUCAAGGGGGUACGGGGAUGGGCGCCCUCAUUGUGGCUCUCCCACCCGCAAUCCUGACGGCAUUUUUGUUUCGUUUAGGGGGAAUAUAA